UGUUCUUCAUUACCAAUUUUAUUCUUUCAAGAUGGCGGACAAAGAGGAGAGUGGCAGUUUGGCAAAAUCGCGUGAACAACGUAAAAAUGCAGGCAAUAAGAUGUCGAAACUGCUCCAAGAGGAAUUGGGGGAAGACGAAUUUUAUAAGACAGCUCUUGGUGGUUUUACGGAGGAAUCGGGAGACGAGGAAUAUGUCUCAGAAGACGAACAAUCUGACCAAGCUGAUUCCGAUUUUAGCAUGUCUGAAACGGACGAAGUCAUAGAGCAAGACGACGAGGAUGAAGGCAAAAAGAAACGAGCAAAGACUUUUUACAAAAAGCCCGUUCGAGAAAAAGGCCCCAAAGAAGAGAACAAAACACCGAAGGUUAAAAAAGCGGCCGUGAAAACGACUCAAAUCACUCAAUCGAGGGCUUCUAGCAGAAAGUCAACUCGCGCAGCGACCUUACAGAGUUCCGACAAACAUCGCAAAAGAAUGGAAGGAAAAAAGGCUGACAAGAAACAGGUGAAAUUCUCCCAGCUCAGACCGCUAACCCAGAAAGAAUUACUGGCCGAGGCAGAAGCCACGGAACAGAUUAACAUCGCCUCGCUCAAAGCAUACCAACAGAUGGAAGAGACGAAAAAGAAAGCCAAGAACCUAAAACCCGUUCGAAAAGAACCCAUGAUCCGCUACCUGUCCUUGUCAAUGCCGGUUGUCGAGGUCAGCGAGGAAAUAAAAGUAGACGAUGACGUCGUGACUGGCGUUGACCAAUCAGAAACGCCGAUGGAGAAGGAUUCCGACCCAAUCCCCGAAUCGAAAUGCUCCAGGAAUUUUAUCAUAUUCACAGAUCCGAAAACGUUUCCCGGAAAUUACUUUGCUGAGAACAAAGCCUCGAUACCGCAGAAGGCAUAUUGCCCGGUGACGGGGCUGCCAGCGAAGUAUAAAGAUCCUGUCACGGGUAUGCCCUAUGCCACUGCACAAGCUUUCCGAUAUAUUAGAGAACAUUAUGCCAAGCAGGCAGCUGAAGAAAAGACGAACGAGGGAAGAUUGCGCUCCUCGUCAAGACUAGCGCAGCACACUGUGGUGGAGGCGACGUGACGUGUACAAAAAUAAAGACUCUCUAUUAUAAUCUAUUCUUCUUUUAUUUAUACCUUUUUCAAUACCAAUAUCUACUUAUUGUAAUUAACCAUGUUGCUUUGAAAUAAGUU